GUGUGCGCCGGUUUUCAAUCACUAUCGCCGACCGUUGAGAUCGUUGACGUUGUUGUUUGUUAGGGUACCUAAUUGCAAUCGUUAUUGACUGUCACCAAAGAACGUACAUCUAUUCAAAAUGCGUGAAUGUAUUUCUAUCCAUGUUGGUCAAGCUGGUGUCCAGAUUGGUAAUGCCUGCUGGGAGCUGUACUGUUUGGAACAUGGUAUACAGCCUGAUGGUCAGAUGCCCAGUGACAAGACCAUUGGAGGUGGCGACGAUUCAUUCAACACUUUCUUCUCAGAAACUGGAGCAGGAAAACAUGUACCACGUGCAGUGUUUGUCGACCUAGAGCCAACGGUAGUCGAUGAGGUGCGCACUGGCACAUACAGACAACUGUUCCACCCAGAGCAGCUCAUCACAGGCAAGGAAGAUGCUGCCAACAACUAUGCACGUGGUCACUACACCAUCGGCAAGGAGAUCAUUGACAUCGUGCUGGACCGCAUCCGCAAGCUGGCCGACCAGUGCACGGGGCUUCAGGGCUUUCUCAUCUUCCACAGCUUCGGUGGAGGAACUGGUUCUGGCUUCGCUUCUCUGCUAAUGGAGCGUCUAUCUGUUGACUACGGCAAGAAGUCCAAGCUGGAGUUUGCUAUCUAUCCAGCACCACAGAUUUCCACGGCUGUGGUUGAACCGUACAACUCUGUCCUCACCACUCAUACCACCUUGGAGCACUCUGACUGUGCCUUCAUGGUAGACAAUGAGGCCAUCUACGACAUUUGCCGUCGUAACAUGGACAUUGAACGCCCCACUUAUACCAACUUGAACCGCCUGAUUGCGCAGAUCGUUUCCUCCAUCACCGCAUCUCUUCGAUUCGAUGGUGCUCUCAAUGUCGACCUUACAGAGUUCCAGACCAACUUGGUACCCUAUCCUCGCAUCCACUUCCCGCUGGCGACUUACGCGCCUGUCAUCUCUGCCGAAAAGGCCUACCAUGAGCAGCUGACGGUGUCCGAGAUCACCAACUCCUGCUUUGAGCCGGCCAACCAGAUGGUGAAGUGCGACCCGCGCCACGGCAAGUACAUGGCCUGUUGCCUGCUCUACCGCGGCGACGUCGUGCCGAAGGAUGUCAACGCCGCCAUUGCGGCGAUCAAGACGAAGCGCUCGAUCCAGUUCGUCGACUGGUGUCCGACUGGCUUCAAGGUCGGCAUCAACUACCAGCCGCCCACCGUUGUUCCGGGAGGCGAUCUCGCGAAGGUUCAGCGUGCCGUCUGCAUGCUGAGCAACACAACGGCGAUCGCUGAAGCCUGGGCGCGGCUCGACCACAAGUUCGACCUGAUGUACGCGAAGCGUGCCUUCGUGCACUGGUACGUCGGCGAGGGCAUGGAGGAGGGAGAGUUCUCCGAGGCGAGAGAGGAUCUGGCGGCGCUGGAGAAGGACUACGAGGAGGUCGGAGUCGACUCGCUCGACGGAGAAGGCGAGGAAGAAGAAUAUUAGCUUUUUCCUUUUCGGUAACAGAAAUGCAGCUGUCGGGCUUAGUGAGUUAAGCAUUUGAUUUUAAAAUACGUCAUUUUUAUCGUGUCGAUUGUAGAGAACAUGAUUGUAAUAUGGAACAUGUAAACACAUCUGCUACAUUCCAUACCAUCACACUUAUCGUUUGAAAUAUCACGUUGCACAGAUUUCCAAGCGGCUGUGAUGGUUGUAGAAACUUGUUUUUCGAGUUCCAUCUAGCAUUAAUAGCUGUUAUACUUACUAAACAACAAAACCUUGUGGAAGUGCCUAUAAUACUCCUUUAUAAUAAGUUAUUCAGUACUCGUAGCAAAAUUCUAUUUUACUGCUAACAGGCAAAUAUUUGAAAAGUACUUUCUUUUUUGUGACAUGUUAUGAAAAGCAAAUAAAAACACGUUCACGUUGACUCGAGAA